UAGAAAAACAUACUGAAUUUACUCUGUUUAAUUUUUUUAUUAUUGUUAUUAUUUUGUUCUCCGAUGGAUUGCUUGUACUUCAUAUGUCUACUAUAAUGCACAACCAUUGCUGUCACUUAGGGAUUAUGAAAAGCUCUCUUUUUUUUGCAGAUCAUCCGGUGAAUGAAUUUUUGGAUCUGUUCAGUCGCCACAUGCUUCCCCAUGCAAUAGAUGAACCCCACACUGAUGCAGAAUCAACUCAGACUGAACCCUGUACUUCAGACUCUGUGCAGGAUUCAUCUGAAUAUUUAAUAUUGGAUCCUUUCUUUCCAAACUUGGUAGAGUUUGAAGAAGAGGAAGACUGUGAAAAUACUACUGAUGUUACAACUCCUCCAGCUUUGCAGUUCAUCAAUGGAAAGCAACAAGUUACUAGUGCACCUAAGAGCACAAAAACUGAGGAAGCCAGAAGUGACCAAAUUGAAAGCGUUGCACAUUCCAAAAAUGUAACUUUGUCUCAAAUCAAUGAAACAAACACAUUUAUAAUACCUGAAACUGAAGCUUCUGGUACUGUGCAACCAAGCAAAGCUGGAGAAGUAAUAGGGGCAUUUGAAGUUACACAACCGACAGCAGAUGUUGCAAUGUUAGAACCUGUUUAUAGUGGUGAAUCAGAAGUUGCCACAACAGAUAAAUCCAUAGCCAUUACUUCUUCAUAUGAGCAGUCUCUGCAACAAAAUGAGACCGUAACAUGGCAUGGAACCGAGGAGAGCUCUAUCAAAGAUACAAAAAACUUGCUUUUGAUUACUAGCGAAUCUUCUGGAGAGGGCUCCACUGACUCUGAUUUAUCCAGUUCUGUCUUCUCAGAAACUGUGACAAUGUCAAGAAAGGAAGAUGAUGGAAAAAAUUCUGGUACAACUUCUGCUCCUGAUGCAUUUACUGUGGAAAGUUCUGCUGUAACUGCUUCUCUGGAUGCAGUUUUUAAUACUGCUACGGCAGGCGUAGGUGUGAAAGACCUUAUUCCAGAAAACGCAACGCCUGCUCCAGGAGAUCAUUAUAAAUCAACUAUUAAGCUUAAUGCAAAUUCCCCUGUUGAAAAUCUUCUGGAAACAAGUAGCCAUACAGCAAAGCCUGAGAUGAGUGCUGCUUCUUUUAUAGUUCUAGAAGGCUCUGGAGAUGUAGAAGAGGACAUCACCAUAACUUCAGCCAUGACAACAGAAACAGCAGUAACAGAAACACUUACAAUGAAAGAUAUUUCUUUGGGCUCUAGCACAGUACUGCCAACAGAAACUUCUGUAACCAUUUCAGGAAUCACCUCUGCUUUGCCUAGAGGAAUAAGCACUCUUUAUUCUGCUUUUGAUAAAAGUUCUGAAGUAACUGUUGCCACCAAUUCUAUGUCAGAGUUUAUUAUGGAAAAAGUAGUCGCCAGCUCUCUUGUAACUGAAAAGAAUAUAGAAGAUGAAAAAGACAUACAGACCACUGCUUAUUCAAGUCAGGAGAAUUCAGCUACUGCUGCAGAGGAAAGUUUGGAGUUGAAUGAACUUGGGAGCACUACUAGUGAAAUCAGAACUGUAAGUCAUGAGCCCACUCUGCUCGGAAAAGCAGUACCGGUAACGGGUACCAUGAGUUCUGAAAUCAAAAAGGUCACUACCAUUCCUUUCUUGAGAGAGAAGAAGCUCUUUCUAAAUGAAGGAUCAGCAGAAGAACCAGCAGACAUAUUUUCAGGGGGUCCCACAAGAAAAGUGGUAAGUACUGACUCCCCGUUUAUUGAUCCAGGUUCUGGAGACAUAGAUGUUAUCACUGAGUCUGCUACUUUGACUUCAGUUCCAUUAAGGCCUAUCACUGAAACACAAACAGAAAAGUAUGAAGGAAAUGUUUACAGGACAGAUGAUGCUUCACUGAAGAAUGCAAGCACAGAAUACGAAGAACAUGCAAGAACAGAUGAAUCAACGAUAUCACUUUCAAGUACUGCGUCAUUUGGCUUGACAAAGGAGUCUGGAGUUGCAAGUCAGAUGUCCCAGGAUGUGUUUAGUACAGGAAACCCAGGAGAACAAAACCAGGAAACAGAACCAACUUACACAGUUCCUUCUGAAAUAAAAUCUAGUCCUGGUUCUAGAAAAGAUAUAAUAUCUCAUGUUGCACCAGGAGUUAAAACUGAAGAUGUAGAAACAAGUGAGGUAACAUUAUCUCCAGAAUCAGUGGUUAGUAACAGCCCUCAUGACAUCAUGGUGACACACACUACUGGCGGUAUAAAAGCAGUAGCUGAAUCUACAGAAAGCAAAAAUGCAAAAGUUAGUUCUUCAACUGUCUCAUUAGGGAAGAUUCUCCUGAUUGAGCAUGGCUCUGGAGAAGAAUUCAAAGGUGACAGCAGCACCACAAAACUAAUGUCUAAUGGACCUACUGAAGAAAUACUUGGAAGUCAUUUGUCUUUCCUUGAUCAGGGAUCUGGAGAAGCAGACACAUUCAUUGAAUCAUUUGCAAAAACAGCAUUUUCACCCACUGGGACACCAGAAACAGGAGACAAAUAUGAUGAAAAAGUUGUCAGCACACCAUCUAUGGAUCAUGCCUUCACUACCGAACCUGAUCAGCUAGUCACAAGUACCGAAAAUGAAGUAACCACAAUGGGAACUGUAACUGAUUUAAGAAUGGAAGAGAAAACAAUUGAUGAACUGACAAUAAGAGCUUUUACUACAAAGAUUCCUUUGAUGGAAGAUAUACAUUCUGGGGAAGACAGGCCAAGGGAAAUUUCACCAAAAGCUACAGAAUCUUCUGAAGAAACAACAACAGACCCAUUCUUUAAAAGUGCACAGGCUAACUAUGAACAUCCAGGAUUUUUAAAUGUUCCAACUGUCAGUCCGUAUUCAGAAGAAAAGAAAUUAGAAACUGACUCUGUUAAAAUUCUUUUGCCAUUUAAUGAUGACAGAGUAACUGAGCCUGUAAAGAUUGAAAGGAAAUACAUAAGCUCUCCAGUUACAGAUAUAGAGCAAGAGGAGGAGUUGGUACAAAAUAUUUUCCCUACGAAAGAUACUCCCAGAUCACUCCUGACACCUAAAGAAGAAAAGCUAACAAGUAAUGAGCUCAUUGGUGAUCCACUAUUUUCAGGACAAGGAUCAGGAGACGACCUUGCUGUUAUUCCUUCUGUAGUGCCAUUGGCUGUCAAAGAAAUCAUGAGUACUUCAAGCCCUCAAACUUCUCAUCCUGCAAGUAUGGCACCCAAACUUUCAACUGACAAGACACAAGACUUUGAAAGAGGAAGCACUGACUCAAAUGAUGAAGUUAAUGAAGGAGUUACAAGCGCUGUAACUGAGCUGCUGUCAAAAACAGAACACCAGUUCCUCAGCUCAGUGAUCACCAGUUCUCCAGCUUUAGCAGAAGAGAGUUCAAAGAGCUUCAGCUCUAAAGAGAUUAAAGAGAUGACACAUUAUUUUGUUGUGAUUGAAGAACCUCACAACAAGGAAACUGACUAUAGGAGAGGAGAAAAUGAAACAUACAGGACAACAGCUACUUCUAAAGCUGUUUCUCAAGAGGAAACUUCACAUUUGCUGAUUGAAGAUGGUGUAACUCCUGUUUCUGUAAUACUGAGUGGAACUCCUAAUCUUGAAACAGAAGAAUCACUUGUAACAUCAACAACAAAAAUGCCAAGCAGAGUAUUACCUGAAGGCUCUGGAGAAGGAUCUGGCUGGGUUGGUGUUUUGGAUUCAUCUUCUCCUGAUAUCUUUACUCAUUUGUCAAUACCCCCUGUGUCAAAAGUAGAACUAAAUGCUUCGUCUAUUGUUCCUGGGGAAGUUUAUUCUGAAGUUAUGACAACAGAGGCACCAACAGAUAGAUCACAGACUGUGAUCACAGGACUAGCAUCCAUUUUUACAGAAGAAAAAGAGAUCGUGGCAAGUCCAUCUGCUGUUCAACCAAAGACAGCUACAUCAGAAGAACUAACAAGUGAUACUGGGAUAUAUGACAAAAUUAUUCCUGUGAUUGAUGAUAAAAGAGGUGUUAUACUGAAUGUUUCUGUUUAUGGUGAUAUUACACUAAUUGAAGAACGACUUCAAAUCCCAUCAGAAGAAACAACUAUUAUAGACAUGGAUCACUCAAAAUCAAUGCCUGAGGAUAUAAUAAGUGUGCAGACAAUGCCAAAUCCUGUCAAGGAAUCAACACAUGGCAGUGAUGAUAUCAUGACAGCUGAAGGGGAGAAAUACGAUUCAACACCUAAAUUUUCCAUAACCAAAGAGACAACACUUGGAUCUGGUGAUAGCCUUUCUUUGACUACUUCCAGUCAGUCAAGUAGUGAAUCAGUAACAGCUGGGCACAGACCAAAACCAGAUGACAAGGAUUUGGGUUCAGGGACUGCCAUGAAGUUUGUGACAGAAACUCUCAUCACUACUGAACUCUCUGAACUGGGCAUUUUCCUUCCUACAGUACCAUCACUGGCAAGCCCUCAUGUGCCUCAUGAGUCUAAACACGUUGUAACAAGCACAACAGAAGACACCUAUGAGCUGAAUACUUCAGCAAACAACCGAGUAAUAGCAGAUCACAGUGAAACAAUCUUUGUCUCUGGCUUUUCUGGAAUGGGCCAAGAAAACCUGGAUGAUAAGCAGUCUGCGGUUCCUUCUCUUACACCAGUUUUAACUACUGAGGCAGAAAAGGCUUUGACAACUGACCUGCGUGAUGUAAGUAUUGUCACCACACAGCAUACAUCCCAAGUGACAGCUGUAUCAUCUAGCAAAAAUGAAGAAAAGCAUCCUACAGUAUACACAAGCACAAAGUCUGCAUCGGCAGAGUAUCCAGAAACAGAUUCAGUGAGUUUUUAUUCUAUACCUCAAACUCCUAAGUCCUCAGUGACUGUUCAGUUAGUUAAUGGAGUAUCUGAGUAUCCUCAGGUAAUCAUUCCAAGUACACCAUCAUUAUCAAAGGAUUCAAAUCAGUCUGAUCAUUCAUCAAAAGGAACCUUCAAAGAGGUUAGUUCUGAUAUUGCGGCAACGUAUAAACCACCCACUACAGAGCUUCUCGACAGAACAGAGUCUUCUCUGCUGGAGUUUUCUCCCAAGCCUGUUUCAGGAAGCACAACUACUGAAAGUACUCCUCUCUUUACUAGACUUGUAACAGACAGGAUGGAGGAGACAGAGACCUCUGUAACUGAUUUGGCUGUUGAGGAAGAAGCUACUGUUUCUGGAGACUCUCCAUCAAUACAUAUCUUCCCUACUGCUUUUCUGAAUUUUGGAGAAAGAGCAAGCACAGAUGUUCUGAAAGGUAGCACAGUAACAGUUGAAGCUUCCUCAGGGAGACUGAACAACCCCCGUCAAGAAGAUGACAGGAGUACUGAGAGAGAGAUCCCAUGGCUUUUUUCCACACCUGUUUCAGAUUCACCCAGUAGUAUUGAAAGUGAAGUAUUUAAACCUGACCAGGAAGCAGUUACAAUGCUAGCUUCAUCUUCACAACCUUUGGACAGAAGCACGGAAACACAAUCAGCUUUGUUUGGUCCAGAGGAGAUCACAACAAUUUCUUCUAACAUUGCAACAAGCAGCACUGCCCCUGGAAACAGUCAAUAUCAAAAUGAGCUGUCAACAAUAAGCUCUGAGGAGCCAAAUACUCUUGAACUUGUAACUUCGUCAUUUUCCCUUCCGGAAGUCACUAAUGGAUCAGAUUUCCUGAUUGGCACCAGUGUGGGUUCAGUUGAAGGCACAGCAGUGCAAAUUCCAGGCCAAGAUCCAUGCAAAAGCAAUCCCUGCCUUAAUGGUGGUACCUGCUAUCCACGUGGUUCAUUUUAUAUCUGUACCUGUUUGCCAGGUUUCAACGGCGAGCAGUGUGAAUUAGAUAUUGAUGAAUGCCAGUCUAACCCAUGCCGGAAUGGAGCCACUUGUAUAGAUGGCCUCAAUACCUUUACUUGCUUGUGUCUGCCAAGCUAUAUAGGUGCUCUCUGUGAACAAGACACGGAGACCUGUGAUUAUGGCUGGCACAAGUUCCAAGGACAGUGCUACAAAUACUUUGCCCAUCGGCGUACGUGGGACACAGCCGAAAGAGAAUGCCGUCUCCAGGGAGCACACUUGACAAGCAUCUUGUCUCACGAGGAACAGAUCUUUGUGAACCGUAUUGGGCAUGACUACCAGUGGAUUGGUCUCAAUGACAAGAUGUUUGAGCGUGAUUUCCGCUGGACUGAUGGUAGCCCACUGCAAUAUGAGAACUGGCGACCAAACCAGCCAGACAGCUUCUUUUCUGCUGGAGAAGACUGUGUUGUUAUAAUAUGGCAUGAGAAUGGACAGUGGAAUGAUGUACCAUGCAAUUAUCACCUUACCUACACCUGCAAGAAAGGAACAGUUGCUUGCGGUCAGCCUCCUGUUGUGGAAAAUGCAAAGACUUUUGGGAAGAUGAAACCUCGUUAUGAGAUCAACUCCCUUAUCAGAUAUCACUGCAAAGAUGGUUUCAUCCAGCGUCACAUUCCAACCAUCCGGUGCCAAGGGAAUGGAAGAUGGGAUAUGCCUAAAAUUACUUGCAUGAAUCCGUCCACAUACCAAAGGACUUACUCUAAGAAAUACUACUACAAACACUCUUCAUCAGGAAAGGGAACAUCGUUAAAUUCGUCAAAACACUAUCAUCGCUGGAUCAGGACGUGGCAAGACUCAAGGCGCUGAGAGCUAAAUGCUUCACCAUUCAUAAUAAAAGAACUGCAUGGAGGAGCUGUGUAUGGCAGAGAGGGCCUGUAAAAAUCCAAGUGCUAAUACAUUAACUUUAUCAACCAGGGCCACUUUUUUGAAAAGAGAAAAAAAAAAACCUGAAAAAAAAUUACUUUCACAACAUUAACCACAAGGUCUAUAUUACAGGUCUCUGCAUUCUAAAAUGGAGAUAGACCUGGUGUUUGGGGGAUUUUUUUUUGUAAAAAACAAACAAAAAUCAAAAAAGUAAAUAAUUUUGUAUAUAUAACCA